AUGAGUUUGCUGAAAGAGUCUAGUCCGCUGCAUUCGCUAUUUAGCGUCUCCAGCCUGUUGGGCGAGGUCAAAACAGAGUCAGUAUCACCACCACCAGAAGAACCUGAAGGCUCUGAAUCUAUGCUACAAAAGCUCGCCUCAGCUUUUGCUGCCCAACAAAAAUUCCUGCUGAUGCAACAAAUGUUCGCGCCCCGAUUUCCCUAUCUGGCUGCCGGGCUGGUGCCAGGCCUACCACCGCUUUUCCCCGGCCUUCCCAUGGCCGGCUUCCAAAACCCAUUCCUUCGUCAAGGGAUGAAGCUCGGGAAUCUGCAACGGUUGGCUGAAAUGCCGUUCGAAAUGCCGAGAGAGGCUACCCCGGAAGCACCUUCACCUUCAAAUAUCCCGCCCGCUAGCUUGCAUCCUUGUCAAAAAUGUUCAAAGGUCUUCUCGACGUCUACAGCUUUGGAGCAACACGCCCAAAUUCAUUCCGUCGAGAAGCAGUUCGAAUGUAAUCAGUGUGGCAAGACCUUCAAACGAUCAUCAACAUUGUCCACACAUCUUCUCAUCCAUUCUGACACCCGACCAUAUCCCUGUGAAUACUGUGGCAAGCGCUUUCAUCAAAAGAGUGACAUGAAGAAGCACACCUACAUCCAUACAGGAGAAAAACCACAUAAAUGUACGGUGUGUGGGAAGGCGUUCUCGCAGAGCAGCAAUCUGAUCACACAUACGCGGAAGCACACCGGGUUCAAGCCGUUUGCGUGUGAUAUAUGUGGACGGACGUUCCAGCGCAAAGUGGACCGUCGCCGCCAUCGCGAAACACACCACCCAGGCGCUGCUGAAAUCGUCGAAACCCCUACUUCCCGAUCACCAAUUCGCCUCGACCUCUCCCGCAGCUUCUCAAGCCCUUCAAUCGAAACAGCCGAUGAAGUGAUCGCUCGGCUCACCUCACUCCCCACCCAAGUCCUCACCAGCAGCCCCAUCAAAUGUGAAUUCCCAAUGCCAGUUACCGUCUCAUUCAACCUUGAAGAAGCCUUGAAUCUCUCACAAAAA